UGGGCGACCGCACUAGACGAGGUGGUCCAGGAGGCCCGACCACACGACACCGACGCUUUCGCAGCGUACCUUAGCUGGUUCUUACCGAGGACCAGGACGCGGGUCCAACACGUUCCGGCGGAGCCACCGACGGAGACCGCUCCAGUCACCCAGACGUAUCCUCGCGCGAGAGACGUCAACUACGACCGCGUGAUCGACCUUAUAGCGGAUUUGGACAGGCAGCUGACGUACGGCAUCGAUAACUUCCCCGUGAUGAAUUUGGUUCAGCAACGAUCGCUGCUUACGAGGGUCAGAGACGGCUGCAGGAGGUUCCUCAGUGGCGUUACCUGCCGUGGCAGGCACGGGGACGUCGUCCAUCCACCACGACCUUCGUACCCCCGUGCGUCCACUCCAGCUCCUACUCAGCAGGCUGGUGCGUCCUCUCAGCAGCCCAUUCGUCCGGCAGCAGCCGGCACCUCCUAUGUCGUACCACCACCACCGCUGCCACCGUCUUGGCAUGCCACAACAGGUCCAUCCACCGUUCCUCAAAUGCAAUACACAUGGUCGUCUUAUCCUUCUUCAGCUGCACCGGAGCUACGACCAACAGGCUACGUAGACCAGGGAUGGCAUUCGGAGGAGUCGCACGACAAGGCAGCGAGGGCCAGCAGCAGUGCUUGGAUCGAUGACCUUUUCAGAGUGGACGCCGACCUGCUCGGUCCCUCCCAGCUGCCAGACGCCCCGGGUCCUACAUAGGGUGCGACCCAGUUCCUCGGGACACCACAGGGUCCCACACAGGGCGCGUCGUCGUAGUACCUCGCGACACCUCCUGCGGAGGCAGCGGGAGGACGUCCGACUUGUGACGUUCACCCGUCGGAGCCCUGAACGUAUGACUGGCAGCAGACCAGAGCAGCGCAGCGGGCAACAAGGCAUGGUCGUGGUGCCGGCAAGCCUCGUUUCAAGCAAGGACGCAUUUAGUGCGUAG